AUGGCUCCUACCACCUCAGAGACCACACGAGCACUACGAAGCCACAGCAACAUGCCUCAGGCAACCAGGACACCACAGCAGCUCUUCUAUUACCUAAAAGACCGAAUACUGCAGGCUAAUGGGCCGGAUUAUCUUGAAAUGGAAGGAAUACCCCCCGCCACCGGUCAUCUUGUCGCCCGGAGCCUUUCGGAGGACGGCGAUGUAGAACGCAAGAGUGUGAUUAUGGGCUACAACUCUAUCACUCAGACAUUCUCGGUGAAUAUGCCUAAUGGUUUACACAACUGCUGCCUUAGUUGGGCUACAGAACAACAUAAAGACGCGUUUAUGCAGGGUUUCUUCGCACCUGGUGAAGCCAGACAUGUCCGUCUUUGUGGAACCGACAGAUUCGACAACUUUCUCCCUCCUUAUACUGCAAGCUACAAGGAGCCAGACGCAUUUAUCAUCAACCCAGCGUCCGGAUCCCCGCUACCCAGUAUCGUUACGGAGUCUGGAUAUUCUGAGAGUGUAAGGAAGCUUUAUGACCACAAAGAUCUGUGGCUACAGGGGGGAGCCCCGCAUGUAAACGUCGUGAUUCUUCUGAAAUGGUACAAGCGGAUAAGGAACCGCAUAGCUGGCUGGGUUGAAUUACAUCGACGGGGAGUUGGUGUACCUUUGCGCAUUACUCUAUUUCCUGCACCACCUUCAGGAACACCUCCCCAGCAUCUCACCUUGUUCAGAAGCGAUCUGUACCCCGGUGGUGUUGUGCCUGCUGGUCGAAACGCCAACGACGCCUGGGAAUGGAGUAUCGAUAUUCUAAGAGAACAUGCUAGAGACGCUAUGAGGCGGGAAGGACUUGUGCCCGUCUAA